AACACAUCACUAGGGGUUCGCACUGGUCACUCUCUCACAAGCUCCUGAGUGUGUGACUUCGCAGCUCCGUGAGUUGUAGUCGUCUAGCUUUUUGUGGUCACCUGGCUAGCCAAAGAGGUUCUUCAGCUUUAGAUUUAUUUGAAUGGUUGUAAAUGUUGGAUGAGGCAGCAUAAUGUGGAUACACAAACUACCACUACUGUUGCUGCCAUUAUUGUCUCCGACUCAAGCUGCUUCUGCCACAACAACGUUCGUAGAAGGAGGAUGCUACGGUGAUAGUGUAGUGGCGCCCCUGGCGACUGUGUCUGCAGGCAACUAUGACCCUGGUAGUCUCACUCCUGAAGUUUGUCAAGACUUUUGUGGUCGACUUCACUACACUUUUGCUGCCGCUGAUGAGGGCAAAUAUUGUUACUGCUUUCAGAAUUUGGGAACGUUGGUAAAUGCCACGGGACAGUGUUUAGCUACCUGUAGUGAUGGUUCAGUGUGUGGAGGGACAGCUGGUAACCUUACAGUGUGGACGGCAGGUGUUCUAGAUGGCACCUUAACUUUACUCUCACUGGAAUACUACAGUCUUCCUGCAAAACACCGUGAACCUGACUGUCAAUGCUACUAG